AGUGUGAAAUCAAUAAAUAAAAGUUUGAUGUUAGAACUCUUGAAAAAAUUGAUAUAUUUAUCAUUUACUUAGAAAUGAAAUCAAUUAAUAAAGAAGAAUUUCACGAUGCUUGUGAGGAAUCUGGAAAGCCGCACUUUCUGGAUAACAAUUAUUAUAAUUCAAAUCCACAAAAAUCAGCUGAAAAUAAUCAAACAGACCAUCAAAAAGAUAUCGAAGCCCAAAACACUAUUUCCGAUUCGUUUAUGAUAGGAAGGAGUAUGAAAUGUAAUACAAACAACAAAAUUGAAGAUCUAAGUCCUCCUACAUCAGACUUAAUGUUAAAUUCUAGUAAUAGUAACGAAAUUGAAACAAACCUUGGACCUAAAGUUGAAUGCGUAUAUUCCUUAUUAGGUAUGUUAGGGCAAAAUAAAAACAAUGAAAUGGCAGAAAAAUUUUUUGAGUUAUCAAAGAACCGUGAAACCUGUUUAGCUCUUAGAAAAUCUGGUUGCAUAUCCAUAUUGGUUCAACUUCUUCAUUCUGAUGAUACAAAUGAGACAAUGCGAAAAAACGCAGGUGCUGCUUUACAUAAUAUUGUUCAUUGUCAUCAUAAUGAUGAUAAGAAUGGACGUCGUGAAAUUCGAGUACUUAAACUUAUAGAGCAGCUUCUAGACUUUUGCGAUAUUCUGAAAAAGUAUUUAAAUGCCGAAGCCCAUGAAAUACCGGAGUCGCAUCCGAUUGUUUCCAUUGGAACGUUAAUGAAAAUAAGUUUCGAUGAAGACCACAGACAUGCAAUGUGUUCGUUAGGUGCUUUGCAAACUAUCUCAAAUUUAGUUCAAUUAGACCAUGACGCCCAUGGAUCAGAACCCAAAGAUAUUAAUUGCAUUACUUUGAGACGAUACGCAGGCAUGACUUUGACUAACUUAACUUUUGGAGAUGGAAAUAAUAAAACACUGCUGUGUUCCAACAAGAAGUUCAUGAAAUCAUUUGUACAACAAAUUGAUUCAAGUAGUGAUGAAUUGGUACAAGUUACAGCAAGUGUACUAAGAAAUUUGUCUUGGCGAGCAGAUGCCAACGUUAAGCAAAUAUUGAGCGAAAUCAACACAGUCAAAAUAUUGACCAAAGCAGCCAUGCAGUGCGUUCAAGAAAAUACUCUUAAAUCAAUUUUAUCUGCAUUGUGGAAUUUGUCAAAUCAUUGUUCUGCUAAUAAGGCUGCAUUUUGUGAGUGCGAUGGUGCAAUUAGUUUUUUGAUUAGAAUGCUCCAAUAUGAUUCUCCAAAUAAAACUUUAGCUAUCGUUGAAAAUGCGGGAGGAAUCCUAAGAAAUAUAUCGAGUCAUAUAGCAAUAAAAGAAGAGUAUCGUCAAAUUUUACGAAGGCAAAAUUGCCUUGGCAUUCUAUUACAGCAACUGAAAUCCCCAAGCCUUACAAUUGUAAGCAAUGCUAGCGGUACCUUAGGUAAUUUGUCAUCAAAUUGUCCUGAAGAUCAAAAAUUUUUGCGAGAUAACUCAGCAAUACCAAUGUUAAGAUCGCUUAUUUAUUCGAAACAUAAAAUGAUAUCUACCGGCAGUACAAUUGCUUUGAGAAAUCUCUUGAACUUCCAAAAAACAGGAUUAAUAGAUCAAUCUUCGGAUUCAAUAUCAAAAUCUAUGGAUUUGAAAGAACUACCUAGUUUAAAUGUUCGAAAACAACGAGCGUUUCAACAGGAUUUUAUAAAAAAUUUGUCUAAUAAUUGUGUAUCCACUUUGCCAACUUCCAUGGGGUUUACAAAAAGAAAAACUCAAAAGUCAAAUGCUUCAAAUGAUCGCAUUAAUGAAUCAAUCGACAUCAACAUCAACAAAAGUAUUAGUAAUAAUGAAAAACAACUUUAUCAAGAAACUGAUUUAGAUCAACCUGUAAAUUUUUCCAUUCGAUAUGCUGAACAUGUUAUAGGGCUAGAAGAAGAACAAUGUAUCUCGAUUGAUGAAGAUUAUGUACAAACAUAUUUUACUGAGGGUACUCCGAAAUAUACCUCUAUUUCCGGAUCAGUUAGUGAUUUACGAAAUAUUGAACAUACUAAGUCUUACCUAAAAGCUGCAAGAAAACCAGAACCGUUUAAACUAAGAAACAACACAAGCACUCUGAAAAAAUUAACACCUGUAAACUCAGGUAUGUUUACCCCCGAAAAGCCUAUAAACUAUUGUGAAGAAGGUACACCAACUCGAUGUGAUUCACUGUCAAAUUUAUCAGAAGUGCAAGAAAUUUCAGUUAAAUUACACGAAUCAUCUAAUUUAACAACCGAAAACACUGUUAAACUUAGCAACAAUGUAGAAAAUGGAUCUUUAUUAGAAACUCCACUUAUUUUUUCAAGAAAUAGUUCAACCGACUCUCUCAACAGUGCAGGAUCAGUUUGUAUUGUGGAUGAUAAAAGUUCUGUAGUAAGUGAUUUUAGUCGUCUUGCAAGUGGAACUAUAUCACCGUCUGACUUACCAGAUUCUCCAAUUCAGGAUGUACUUUUUAAUAUUGCAAUAAGAGCUCCCGAAAAUUUUGAGGCUUGUAAAAGUUCAAUUGACAUAGAUGAUGCAACGAAAAUACAAAAUAAUUCUUACGUAAAUAAUAUCACAUCGCAAGCCAGUAUUGAAAGUAAACAGGAAAACGUCAUGGAUGAUGAUAACUAUAUAUUGGAACAAACAAUUAGUAUUGGAAUUCAAUCGAGUACAAUAAGACUUCCAGGAAUAGGGAUUGAUUUAGAUGAUUUGCCAAAAGAAUAUUUGACUGAGGAUACUCCAAUACCAUUAUCUAAAGUAGGAAGCAGCUGUAAUUUAAGUAAUUUAUCGAUGGAGACUGUAAAUGAAAAUGAAAAGUUUGAAUCAAGUCAUGAAGAUCAAAUAUUAGAGGCCAUUGUCCAGAAAGGAAUUGAAUCAACUUAUAAUAAGUCAAGACAAACUAUUGGGAAUUCGUUUAAGCGUUUGCGAGAUGAUGGAAAAGUAGAUUAUUUAUCUGUGUGUGAUGAAAUUAAUCCGAUUGAUAUUGAAGGAACCCGAGCUAGCUUUACAGCAACGUCUGAGCUUUCUGCCAUCACAAUUAAUUCUGAAUUGUUUAACUUUGUAAAUUAUGAAACUGUUGAUAGACGACCUAUAGAUGAAUCAUCAAAAAGAAAUACAAAAAAUGAAUCUUGCGACACAGUGAGCUCUAUAUCCAGUGAUUCAGUUGAUGAUGAUAGGUUUUUGAACCAAGCAAUUAUUGCCGGAACACAAAAGCUUGUUUCUAAUCUUGACAACUCUUACAGCUCUAUCGAUUCGUGUGAUGAUCAAACAAAUCAUUCGUUAUUAGAACAAAUAGUUCAAUCAGGAAUGAAGAAAGUUAUGAGUCAAGAAAACGAAUUUUAUAAUGAAAAUGAACAAGAUGUCGAUCUAUUACUUGAAGAAGUAAUAAGAACAGGAAUUAAUAAAACAACAGGUUCAUCAAAUAAAAAUCAUCAAAUAUCAAAUCGUUUAAUAGAAAAAAAUAAUGCGGGUAACAUGUGGAAGGUGCAAAAUACUUACGACCUAAAAAAAGUUUCUAAAAUAUCUAAGCCAGGAUCUUACAUAAGUGAAGACAACACAAAACAUGAUAUUCAAUUUAAAGUCGGACAGAAAGUUAGUACAGCAGAAUCAAACAACAAAUUUUGUUCAUCUUUGAUGAAUUCAAAUUUAAUAAUGGAAGCGACAAAGUUCGCUGUUGAGCUGGAAAACUACUCUUCAAAGGAUCUUUUAAUAAGCUGUGAUUUAAACAAUGUACAACCACCAUCAGAUUUAGAUUGUCUUUCAUUAUCUACUACGAGCUAUGAUGUACCAACUGAUUCCAAUAACCAGAUGUGUAGAACAACAUCAACUUUAAAAAACAUUGGUGUUGAUAAAUCAAAUGAUAUUCACAGUGCUUCUAUCGACUACACAAUUAUUGAUAACAUAAAUCAUCCAUCUGUUAUGAAUGAAGUGAUGGGUUCACAUAUUUCAAUCGAAAGUAUGACGUCAGAUACUCAAACAAUGACGAUUUCAAAUACUAAUUUAAACGAAUGUAUUAAUGAAUCUACAGAAUCAUCAUCGAUUCAUAAUAGUCGCUUAAAUCGAAGACGCCUUUCUGAAAGGUUUAAAACAUACACAAUUACAAAUGAUGCAAUCAAUCUUUUACAAACCUGCAAUAUUGACCAAAAACAAACAAACAAAAUAUCAAAACAAAACGGAAAUGGAAAAAUGAGUAAAGUAAAGACCAUUUAUUCAAAAUCUUGUCAUGUUAAAACUUCGAACUUAUAUAUGAAGGACCGGGUGAAAACUUAUGGACAAAAAGAUAUGAUUACUUGCCAACCAACCAAUCAUAAUGAUCAGACAAAUAAAAGCAGGACAACUGGUAAUAUACUGAUUACACAAUCUCACCAAAUUACUGAACGUCAGGGUACUUUUAUUAAGGAAAAUUCAAGCGACUUAGACCUUCCUAUUGUUGUGCCGGAAACUCCCAAACAAAAGGCUGAGGGAAUUCAGAAAAAUAAAAUACCGCUUAAUAAUUUUAUCUCAAAAAUUCAGAAACCCAAAAUUCGGUCAGAUUCUGUAUCAACCUUUCACCAUAAAUUCUCGGUUUGUUCCAAUCAAAAUAAAACAACGAUGAAAACAAAACAGGUAAACUGUUUUGACAAAAUUGCUGGAGAAAAACCAAGGACUGCAAAACCAAACAAAAAUGUAUGUGCUAGUGCAAAGCAAAAACCUCAAACACCCAAUCACAAUAAAAUAUUAGUACAUGACAAUGAUUCAAUUCUUGAAACCAAUACGAAUACAAAAUAUAAUAAUAAUUCAUCUAUCAAUUACUUAAAGAAUAAAACUAAACCAAAUGGUAAAGUAUGACAAUUUCCCAUACAAAAAUAAAAUUAAUUUACUU